UGUGAACAGGAUAUUAGACUGGGCGGUCAUACCUAAAAACAUGCGAUAGGAAAUUAGUGGAAUGGGGCGUAGUAAGAUGGUAAACUCGUCGAAAAAGAUUAUGAAGCACAGCGAGUUCAUAAAUCGAAUUCGAAAAAGCCUCUACUAUGGCGUGGGAACAGAGGACACAGACAUGGAGGUUUCCCUUCCCUUUGCGGAGUACGCAUCAGAGAUGUUUUCGAAGCCCCAUCAGGGCCACUCCUUGCAUCGUCUAAGUUGUGUUGCUGCUGCAAAAGUGCAGGCCACGCCUUGCUCCCUUAUUAUGGCACUGAUCUACCUAGACCGCUUAAACGUCACCGAUCCAGGCUAUAGCUGCCGAAUCACUCCACAGGAGCUGUUCGUCGUAUCACUGAUGAUUUCCACCAAGUUCUAUGUAGGCCAUGACGAACGGUUCUAUUUGGAAGACUGGGCCAAUGAAGGCAAUAUGACUGAAGACAGACUUAAGGAAAUGGAGCUCGAGUUUCUUUCAGCUUUGGACUGGAAUAUAUACAUAUCCAACGAAAUGUUUUUUAAUAAGUUAAGCCAUAUUGAACGAUCGCUGGCCGAACGGCAGGGAUUGCGGAGAGGGUGGCUUACUUAUAGUGAGUUGGCACAGCUGCUGCCCUGCUUUGAAUGGACGAAAUUUCUAGUAAACAGUGUAUCCGUACUAGUGCUAAGCUAUGCAGCAAGUGUGAUAACUUUGGCGGGAGCUUUUUACAUUGCCAGUCAAGUUCCAGGAACGUUAUGGCAUCGUGCGGUUAAAACUACACCAGAAACACGGUCAAGUGUUUUAAAUCUGACGAAUCCAGCUACUACUGCUAUAAAUGGCAAAGUCUCUGCUUUGAUAUUAGACGUUGAAGAGGAACUCUUGAAACUUAAUAAGCAAAACUGCGACGAAGCAAACCUUAACAAAAUGGAUUAUUCGCAUGAUCAAUCUGGACCUAAUCCCCUAUUAAUGAGAAGCUUUCCAAAAUUCCAAUUGAUUUUGUCCAAAGAAAAUACAGAUACCUGGCUUAACAUAAAAUCACAGUACAGCGACCACGAAAUCGGAAAUAAUUUGAUAACUGUUCGCAGCCUACAAUUGGAAAACCACUGGAAGCAUGCAAGAAAUGGUUCAGUUUUUUGGCAAGUAAUUACCGCAGCAGUGCAGCAUUCUUUUUUAAGGCGAUGGCCUGAGGUGUGGUCAAAACGUCUCUGAAAUAAAUAAUCGCUAAUUAGAAACA